AUGAGCACCAGACAACGAGGAGAGGAGCAGCAGGAGGCCCAGCUGCCGGCCGGUUCCAGCGCAGCCAACGGCGCCGGGCUCUCGACGUCAUCGCCGGCCCCCGCCAAACCCUCGACCCCGCCAAAGAGUCCAAAACAACAUGAACGGCGGCCCUCGAGCAGCGCACCCGGCUCGAGGACCUCUCUCGACAGCACGGAUGCGCGCUCGACUCUGUCGCAGUCGCGCAAGAAGGAAUACAUGGACUCCCUGGUCGUGCCCUCGAGCGAGGAGAUGCAGCGCAUCGCCGAGGUCCAGCGAUCGCGCGAGGUCGAGCACAAGCGACAGCGAUCCCGCGAUGCCCAGCUCAAAGUGAGCGCCGCCGCCUCUGGGGCCGCCUCUGUUUCUGCCUCGGCCUCGGCCUCUGCACCGGUCGUCGCAUCGACAAGGGUGGGAGGCCAGAAUCGGCAUGGGAGACAUGGAAGCUUGUCAUCCUUGCUGAGGUUGCCGAAGGGCAACAUGAGCGAUGACGAGCAAGGCGUCCGUCAAAAGGCCGCAUCGCUGAUCCAGAGGACCUAUCGGGGGUACCGGGUGCGCAGGGAAAUGAAGGGACUCGGCGUCAACGCGACAACGCGCUGGACUCAUGCGCUGCGCGAAGCCCAGUUUCGCGAAAUGACCAGGCCGAGGGCGAGGUCAGAGCUCGGCGAGGGCGGUGUUGUCAGUGUACUGUCUCGGCCAAGCUUGGAGGGCGAGGGCGGGCCGGCGAGCGACUCCCCAAGCCGGUCCUCGACUGCGGCCAGGCAAAAUUGGAAGAAGGCCGCGAUCAUUGCCAAGAGGGCGACGACCGAUGAGAAUUCCUCAUCCGACUCUGAUUCGAACUCGGAGUCAUCAGACACUACCGGCAGCGAGGCGUCCGAGCACAAGGCAGAGAUGAAGAAGCUUCGCCAAGAAGCCAGAGAAAAGCGCAAGAAGGACUCCAAGAUGAUGGGCCUGCAAUACUUCCUCGAAAUGGUCGAUUUGAAACACCGCUACGGGUCUAAUCUGCGAACCUAUCACGAGGAAUGGAAAAGGGCAGACACUCACGAGAACUUCUUCUACUGGCUCGACUACGGUGAAGGGAGGAAUGUCGACAUAGAGGCAUGCCCGCGAGAGCGGCUGGACAGAGAGCAAGUGCGUUAUCUCUCCCGCGAGGAGCGGCAGUACUACUUGGUCAAGGUGGACGAGGACGGCCGUCUGUGUUGGUCGAAAAACGGAGCAAGGAUAGACACCACAGAGCAGUGGAAGGACAGCAUACACGGCAUCGUACCCGCGGAUGAUCCUACGCCAGCGUUUCAGUCGUACUCGACAAACGAGACUCGCCUUCUGGGAGACACCAGCAGCGGUGAAAGUGACAGCGAGGACGAAGACGAGGCUUCAGAAUCCGAGCUGGAGGCGGCGCGGGCUGCCAAAUAUGCCAACCCGGGCAUGGAUCAGGCCAAGGGCGUUAAAAAGGUCAAGCACGUCUCGGCUUCAACCAUCUUCAACAAGCUGCUUAGGAAGUCUGUCAAGAAGAACACCUGGAUUUUUGUCGCCGACACGAGCUUUCGGUUGUACGUGGGGAUCAAGAACUCGGGCGCCUUCCAGCACUCCUCGUUUCUCCAGGGUUCUCGCAUAUCCGCAGCAGGCCUCAUCAAGAUUAAAAACGGCAGACUCACCUCUCUGUCGCCGUUGAGUGGCCAUUACCGGCCGCCGGCGUCGAAUUUCAGAGCCUUUGUCAAGUCGCUCAAAGAGGAAGGCGUCGACAUGAGCCACGUCUCGAUCUCCAAGUCCUACGCAGUGCUUGUCGGCCUUGAAGCCUACGUCAAGUCCAGACGGAAGGGGAAGGAUCUGGUACGAAAGAUCACACAUAGGAGGGACAAGAUUAUCGCACCGGAAGAGGUCAAGCGGAGAGAGGAAGAGGAAAUGGACAAGAGCGAGAGCGCGGCAAAGGAGAGGGAGUUUCUGGAAGAGGAGAGGAAGAGAGAAGAGAAGGAGAGGGAGGAGAACCGUCUGGGAGUGCAGGUGUUGCAGAAGCUACGCGUGACCCCUAGAGAGCCUGAAGGACAGAAGGGGAGCGAGGAGGCUACGUAUAAGUGA